UCUGUAACGUGAUACAUUAUACACUGAUUCAACUUGCUCUGGCUGAGCUCUGAGACGGCCCCUCACACACACAGGCAAGGAGCAGCAGCAGCAGCAGCAGGGAAGGUGCAGCCUUGUGCGAGCCAGCUCCAGUGUGCAUGUGAGCACAUCUCCAUCCUCUGCCCACUGUGCUGCUGCUGCUGGAAUGGGAGGAGGCUUCGCUGUGGCUGAACACAAGCACCAUUAGCAACUGAAAUGAGCUGGCUUUUUAACCCUUGAAGGGAACACACAGAAGAAUUCCGGAGAGGUUCUCCCAUGCCAUCCUCGUCAUCUAAUCCUUCCGUUAUUGAGCAUUCACAUUGCCCAUAUCCAUCACCCCAUACCCAUUACAGGCAGCGGUGGUUAAUAAACACUAGGGCUGCCAAGCGACCAGAUCAGGACACUGAUGACGAGGUCAAUGCCAGCACAUACUUGGUGCAUCCAGCUUCCCUGUCACAGUGUGCCCCAUGUCAUGAGCCAUCUCCAAACAACCAAGGCCAGUCCACUUUGCAGCCGUUGCCACCCCCACACAAGCAACAUCCAGCAGCACAUCAGCCGUCCAUCACAUCUCUGAAUCGUAACUCCCUGACACAUAGGAGGAACCAAAGUCCGGCGCCGCCGGCUGCACUGCCCGCCGAGCUGCAAACCACGCCCGAGUCCGUCCAGCUGCAGGACAGCUGGGUCCUUGGCAGUAAUGUGCCACUGGAGAGCAGGCAUUUUCUAUUCAAAACAGGAACAGGGACAACCCCACUGUUCAGCACUGCUACACCUGGAUACACCAUGGCAUCUGGCACUGUUUAUACCCCUCCCACACGACCACUUCCGAGGAACACCCUAUCAAGAAGUGCUUUUAAAUUCAAAAAAUCCUCAAAGUACUGUAGUUGGAAAUGUACUGCACUCUGUGCUGUAGGGGUUUCAGUGCUACUGGCAAUACUACUAUCCUACUUCAUAGCCAUGCAUCUCUUCGGUCUUAACUGGCAGCUACAGCAGAUGGAAAAUGACACAUUUGAGAACGGAAAAGUGAAUUCUGAUGUGGGACCAACACAUUCUGUAUAUGUACCCCCUGUUGAUAAUGGAAAAUCUGGAGGCCUUGGUCAAGAAAACAACACAAUUGACUCCGGGGAACUUGAUGUUGGCCGGAGAGCAUUGCAGGAGAUCCCUCCUGGCGUGUUUUGGAGAUCACAGCUUUACAUCGAUCAGCCACAGUUCCUAAAAUUUAACAUCACUCUUCAAAAAGAUGCAUUAAUUGGCGUUUAUGGAAGGAAGGGAUUGCCACCAUCUCACACGCAGUAUGACUUUGUAGAACUUUUAGAAGGGAGCAGGUUAAUUUCAAGAGAAAAACGCAACUUGCUGGAGUCUGAAAAAGUUGUGCGACUUCCUCGGUCCAUCAGUCUACACGAGGCUGGAUUUAUCCAAUAUCUUAGCACUGGUAUCUGGCACAUCGCUUUUUAUAAUGAUGGCAAAAACUCUGAGCCGGUGUCAUUUAACACAUUUGUAAUAGAGUCCGUGGUGGAAUGCCCCCGAAAUUGCCAUGGAAACGGAGAAUGUGUCUCAGGAACAUGUCAUUGUUUUCCUGGAUUUCUAGGCCCAGAUUGUUCAAGAGCAGCCUGCCCUGUAUUGUGUAGUGGAAACGGGCAAUAUGCCAAGGGGCGAUGCCUAUGUUACAGUGGUUGGAAAGGCACAGAAUGCGAUAUCCCCAGCACCCAAUGUGUUUAUCCUCUGUGUGGCGGUCAUGGAGUCUGCAUUAUGGGAUCCUGCGCUUGUAACUCUGGUUUUAAGGGAGACAACUGUGAAGAAGCCGAUUGUCUUGACACAUUUUGUUCCUACCAUGGAGUUUGUAUUCAUGGUGAAUGCCAUUGCCACCAAGGAUGGGGAGGUACCAAUUGUGAAAUUCUGAAGUCCAUGUGUCCAGACCAGUGCUCCGGUCAUGGAACUUAUAAUCAGGAAGCUGGAAGUUGCACAUGUGAUCCCAAUUGGACUGGCCCAGAUUGUUCAACAGAAAUUUGUGCUGUGGACUGUGGCAAUCAUGGUGUCUGCAUGGGGGGUUCAUGUCGCUGUGAAGAAGGGUGGACUGGUCCUUCCUGCAACCAAAGAGCUUGUCAUCCUCGUUGUUUGGAACACGGCACAUGUAAAGAUGGAAAGUGUGAAUGUAACCAAGGGUGGAACGGUGAACACUGCACCAUUGAGGGUUGUCCUGGACUAUGCAACAGCAAUGGAAGAUGUACCUUGGACCAGAAUGGUUGGCACUGUGUCUGCCAGCCAGGUUGGAGGGGAGCCGGGUGUGAUGUUGCUAUGGAGACUUUAUGUACCGACAGUAAGGAUAAUGAAGGGGAUGGUUUAAUUGACUGUAUGGACCCAGACUGCUGCUUACAGAGCUCCUGCCAGAAUCAGCCUUAUUGCCGUGGACUACCUGAUCCACAGGACAUUAUCAGCCAAAGCCAGCAGACACCAUCCCAGCAGGCUGCCAAGUCUUUCUACGAUAGGAUCAGCUUCCUUACAAGCCCUGACAGCACCCAUGUCAUACCUGGAGACAACCCUUUCAAUAAAAGCCUUGCAUCUGUAAUCAGAGGCCAAGUGCUCACGGCUGACGGAACACCGCUCAUUGGAGUCAAUGUGUCAUUUGUACAUUACCCGAACUACGGAUACACAAUCACACGCCAGGAUGGGAUGUUUGAUCUGUUGGCCAAUGGAGGAGCCUCUCUAACCCUUAUGUUUGAAAGAGCCCCAUUUCAAACACAAUAUCAUACAGUGUGGAUUCCAUGGAAUGUAUUUUAUGUCAUGGAUACAUUAGUGAUGAAGAAGGAGGAAAAUCACAUACCUAGCUGUGACUUGAGUGGGUUUGUGCGACCAAAUCCAAUCAUCGUGUCCUCUCCUUUAUCAACAUUUUUCCGGUCUUCUCCUGAGGACAGCCCUAUAAUCCCAGAGACACAGGUUCUUCACGAAGAGACGACAAUUCCAGGAACUGAUAUGAAAUUAUCCUAUUUAAGCUCAAGAGCUGCUGGAUAUAAAUCUGUUCUUAAAAUUACAAUGACCCACGCCGUCAUACCGUUCAGUCUAAUGAAGGUUCAUCUCAUGGUCGCUGUGGUUGGAAGGCUUUUCCAAAAAUGGUUCCCAGCAUCACCUAAUCUGUCAUACACAUUCAUCUGGGAUAAAACAGACGCAUAUAACCAGAAGGUCUAUGGGUUGUCAGAAGCUGUUGUGUCUGUUGGGUAUGAAUAUGAAUCAUGCCUCGACCUUACUCUAUGGGAAAAGAGAACAGCUGUCCUGCAAGGGUAUGAGCUGGAUGCUUCUAAUAUGGGUGGAUGGACUUUGGACAAGCAUCAUGUUUUAGAUGUUCAAAACGGUAUUUUGUACAAAGGAAAUGGAGAAAAUCAGUUUAUAUCUCAGCAGCCACCUGUCGUUAGUUGCAUUAUGGGAAAUGGCAGAAGGCGAAGCAUCUCGUGUCCAAGUUGCAAUGGUCAAGCUGAUGGUAAUAAGCUCUUGGCCCCUGUUGCCUUAGCAUGUGGAAUAGAUGGAAGUUUGUAUGUGGGAGAUUUCAACUACAUCCGACGUAUAUUUCCUUCCGGAAAUGUAACUAGUGUGAUGGAACUAAGCAGUAAUCUAGCUCAUCGAUAUUACUUGGCUACUGACCCGGUAACAGGAGACCUUUUUGUUUCGGAUGCAAAUACCAGAAAGAUAUAUCGUCCCAAAUCACUUGUGGGAGCAAAAGAUCUGACCAAAAAUGCUGAAGUUAUUGCAGGUACUGGAGAUCAGUGCACUCCCUUUGAUGAGGCAAGAUGUGGUGAGGGAGGAAAAGCCGUGGACGCAACUCUCACAACUCCCAAAGGAAUUGCUGUAGAUAAGAAUGGAUUAAUCUACUUUGUUGAUGGAAAAGUGAUCAGAAAAGUGGACCAAAAUGGGAUAAUAUCUACUUUACUUGGCUCAAAUGACUUGACCUCAGCACGUCCUUUAACCUGUGACACCAGCAUGCAUAUUAGCGAGGUGAGACUAGAAUGGCCCACAGAUUUGGCUAUCAAUCCGAUGGAUAAUUCCAUUUAUGUUUUGGACAACAAUGUUGUUUUACAAAUUACUGAAAAUCGUCAAGUUCGUAUAGCAGCUGGUAGGCCAAUGUAUUGCCAGGUACCAGGUGUUGAGUACACAGUUGGAAAAUAUGCUGUUCAAGCCAUUUUAGAGUCGGCAACUGCUAUUUCAGUGUCCUAUAAUGGAGUACUUUAUAUCACAGAAACAGACGAAAAGAAGGUCAAUAGGAUAAGACAAGUCACCACUGAUGGAGAAAUUUCAAUGGUUGCGGGCAUACCAUCAGAUUGUGAUUGUAAAAAUGAUGCUAACUGUGAUUGCUAUCAAAAUGGAGAUGGGUAUGCAAAAGACGCAAAGCUCAGCGCACCAUCAUCUCUAGCAGCAUCUCCUGAUGGAACAUUGUACAUUGCUGAUCUGGGGAAUAUUAGAAUUCGGGCAGUUUCAAGAAACCGACCAUUUCUUAAUUCAUUUAACUAUUAUGAGGUUGCCUCUCCAGCUGAUGAAGAGCUUUAUCUUUUUGAUAUAAAUGGCACACAUCAAUACACAAUGAGUUUAGUAACUGGAGAGUAUCUGUAUAAUUUCAGCUACAGUAAUGAAAAUGAUAUCACUGUAGUUACUGACAGCAAUGGAAACACACUCAGAAUCCGACGAGAUCCAAAUCGAAUGCCUGUGAGAAUUGUAUCACCAGAUAACCAAGUGAUUUGGUUAACCAUCGGAACCAACGGAUGUUUAAAAAGCAUGACUGCACAGGGGCAAGAAUUGGUAUUAUUUACCUAUCAUGGCAAUAGUGGUCUUUUAGCAACUAAAAGUGAUGAAACUGGAUGGACAACCUUCUUUGAUUAUGACAGCGAAGGUCGUCUUACCAAUGUCACGUUUCCAACGGGAGUCGUAACCAAUCUUCAUGGAGAGAUGGACAAGGCAAUUACAGUGGAUUUAGAGUCAUCUAGCAGGGAAGAAGAUGUCAGCAUUACUUCCAACUUGUCUUCAAUAGAUUCUUUCUAUACAAUGGUCCAAGAUCAAUUGAGAAACAGCUACCAAGUUGGUUACGAUGGCUCUGUUCGCAUUAUCUAUGGCAAUGGGCUGGAUUCUCACCUCCAAACGGAGCCCCAUAUUCUAGCAGGUCCAGCUAAUCCAACAGUGGCAAAAAGAAACAUGACCCUCCCUGGAGACAAUGGGCAUAAUCUAGUUGAAUGGAGAUUCCGGAAAGAACAAAAUCAGGGAAAGGUCAAUGUGCUUGGUCGGAAGCUCAGAGUAAAUGGCAGAAACCUCCUUUCAGUUGACUAUGAUCGAGCCACAAAGACUGAAAAGAUAUAUGAUGACCAUCGAAAAUUCCUCCUCAGGAUUGCUUAUGAUGCGUCUGGGCACCCAACUCUUUGGCUUCCAAGCAGCAAGCUAAUGGCUGUCAAUGUCACCUAUUCGUCUACUGGCCAAAUUGCUAGCAUUCAGCGUGGGACCACCAGUGAAAAAGUAGACUACGAUGCACAAGGUAGAAUUGUAUCAAGAAUAUUUGCUGAUGGUAAAACCUGGAGCUACACUUAUUUAGAAAAGACAAUGGUCUUACUGCUUCAUAGUCAACGACAGUACAUCUUUGAAUAUGAUUUACUCGACCGUCUGUCUGCCAUCACAAUGCCUAGUGUUGCUAGACAUACCAUGCAAACUAUUCGAUCCAUUGGUUAUUACAGAAACAUCUACAACCCCCCAGAAAGUAAUGCCUCUGCCAUUAUGGAUUACAAUGAAGAAGGACUAUUACUUCAAACAGCCUUUCUGGGAACUGGUCGCAGAGUAUUGUAUAAAUAUAGGCGGCAAAACAAGGUUUCUGAAGUGCUGUAUGAUAGCACAAGAGUUAGUUUUACAUAUGAUGAGACAGCUGGUGUCCUUAAAACUGUGAAUCUCCAAAGUGAUGGAUUCAUUUGCACAAUUAGAUACAGACAAAUUGGACCUUUGAUUGACCGGCAGAUAUUUCGCUUUAGCGAAGAUGGAAUGGUAAAUGCUAGGUUUGAUUACAGCUAUGACAAUAGUUUUAGGGUGACCAGUAUGCAAGGUGUAAUAAAUGAAACUUCAUUACCUAUUGAAUUAUAUCAGUUUGAUGACAUUUCUGGAAAAGUGGAUCAGUUUGGAAAGUUUGGGGUUAUUUACUAUGAUAUUAAUCAAAUCAUCUCUACUGCUGUGAUGACUUACACUAAACACUUUGAUGCUCAUGGUCGUAUAAAAGAAAUUCAAUAUGAAAUUCUGAGAUCACUUAUGUAUUGGAUUACUGUGCAGUAUGACAACAUGGGGAGAGUAACAAAAAGGGAAAUUAAAAUUGGGCCUUUUGCAAACACUACAAAAUAUGCUUAUGAAUACGAUGUUGAUGGGCAACUCCAAACUGUUUAUCUAAAUGAGAAAAUUAUGUGGCGAUACAAUUAUGAUUUGAAUGGGAACUUACAUUUGCUAAAUCCUAGUAACAGUGCAAGAUUGACUCCAUUACGUUAUGAUUUGAGAGAUCGAAUAACAAGGCUAGGUGAUGUUCAGUAUCGAAUGGAUGAAGAUGGGUUCCUUCGUCAGAGAGGUACAGAGAUUUUUGAGUACAGUUCCAAGGGCCUACUCACCAGAGUUUAUAGCAAAGGUAGUGGUUGGACAGUAAUAUACCGUUACGAUGGUCUAGGCCGUCGGAUUUCUAGCAAAACCAGUCUUGGCAAGCACCUGCAGUUUUUUUAUGCCGAUCUCAAUUAUCCAUCCAGGAUUACCCAUGUAUAUAACCAUUCCAGUUCUGAAAUCACAUGUCUUUAUUACGACCUUCAAGGACACCUUUUUGCCAUGGAGAUAAGUAGCGGGGAAGAAUUUUACAUUGCUUCAGACAACACUGGCACACCUCUUGCUGUUUUUAGUAGCAAUGGCCUCAUGCUUAAGCAAAUGCAAUAUACUGCAUAUGGAGAGAUAUAUUUUGAUUCUAAUCCAGACUUCCAGUUGGUCAUCGGGUUCCAUGGGGGUCUCUAUGAUCCUCUCACUAAACUUAUUCACUUUGGUCAAAGAGACUAUGACAUAUUAGCUGGACGAUGGACUACCCCAGAUAUUGAAAUAUGGAAAAAGAUUGGCAAGGACCCUGCUCCAUUUAAUCUCUACAUGUUCAAGAACAACAAUCCUGUCAGUAAAAUCCAUGAUAUAAAGGAUUACAUAACAGAUGUUAACAGCUGGCUGGUGACAUUUGGAUUCCAUCUCCACAAUGCCAUUCCUGGAUUCCGUGUCCCUAAAUUUGAUUUAACAGGACCCUCCUAUGAACUUCUGAAGAGUCAACAGUGGGAUGAUAUACCACCAAUAUCAGGAGUACAGCAACAAGUGGCAAGACAAACAAAAGCUUUCUUGUCCCUGGGAAAGAUGCCAGAAAUUCAUAUGAGCAAACGCAGGUCCUUUGGGGAGAAAUCAUGGUUGUGGUUUGCGACAGUGAAAUCAUUGAUAGGGAAAGGCGUCAUGCUCGCUGUCAGUCAAGGGAAAGUGAUCACCAAUGUGCUCAAUAUUGCAAAUGAAGACUGUAUCAAGGUUGCAGCAGUUCUAAACAAUGCCUUUUACCUAGAAAACUUACACUUUACAAUAGAAGGAAGAGACACUCAUUAUUUCAUAAAAGCCACUACACCGGAAAGUGAUUUAGGAACCUUAAGACUUACAAGUGGACGCAAAGCCUUAGAAAAUGGCAUCAAUGUAACAGUAUCUCAGUCUACUACAGUUGUGAAUGGAAGAACUCGCAGGUUUGCUGAUGUGGAAAUGCAGUAUGGUGCGCUGGCUCUUCAUGUGCGCUAUGGUAUGACACUUGAUGAGGAGAAGGCACGUAUUUUGGAGCAAGCUAGACAAAGAGCGCUGUCUCACUCCUGGGCAAGGGAACAACAAAGAGUGAGGGACGGGGAAGAAGGAGCCAGAUUAUGGACUGAAGGAGAGAAAAGACAACUGCUAAGUGCUGGAAAAGUUCAAGGAUAUGAUGGGUACUAUGUACUCUCUGUUGAGCAAUACCCUGAGUUAGCAGACAGCUCUAACAAUAUACAGUUUCUCAGACAAAGGGAGAUAGGAAAAAGGUAACACACUGGCCUUGCAGAGGCUGCCAAAGAGACAUAAUACAUUGUGCUUCCUCAAAUGGGAGACAGUAACUGUUUUGCUGCAUUGCUAUUUGAGCCUAAACAAUACAUUAGCUCAGAUAUUCUUUCUGUAGCACAAUCUCUGUCGGACUCAGAUGAAAGAGCCUUCCUGGGGAAUGAAAAUGCUAUCAGCAAAAAAAAAACUUUUGUUUUUAUGAAUGACCUUAAAGGUGAUCUGCUUUAAAAAAUAUGUUUACAUAUGCAUAUCACUGCACUCGGACUGGAGAGUAAAGCCUAUAGGUUUUGCAGUAGGCACUGUAUUUAAAAUGAUCUGUACAGUGUUUCUGAAUAUUAUUGAAAUGUUGACCUUUGCUUACAAAGAGUAGUUUCUCUAUUUCUCUCUCUCUUUCUCUGCAUAGGAUGUGGUAUAUAUCAUUGUUAAUUUUGAAAUGUGGAGCAAAAUUAUUGUUUAUAGAUAACUCAACUGCUUUUACUGUGCAGCUUUAUAAAAGGACAUUGGCACAAGUGACUUAUGUUACCAUGUGACUUUAAUAACAGAUUUUACAAUGCUAACAUGGUUUGCCUUGAAAAAACAAACAAACUAUUGCAAGUAGAAUUAUCUUCAAGUUUGAGCAAAGGAAUCCGUUUCUUUUUGUAAAUUAUGUGAACAAGUUGUUUAUGGAUUUUUAUAGGAAUUACAAUUUACUGUACAUCAACUAUUAGUCUCAGAGGAGUUAAUUUAUGUAAAAGUGUUUCAGAAAGUUUAUAUAUAAAAUAAAAUGAUAAAAAAAUGAAAAUAAGAGCUUUAGAGGGUCCAUUUUCUAUUAAUUGUUUUGUAGUAGACAAGGUUCUUUUUAGAGAAAUAUAUAUAUAUAUAUAAAUAUAUACUGUAUAUAUAGUUGCUGCGCUUAACUUGAAGAAAUUCUCAUUUAUUCUUAUGACACAGCUACUUGGAAUGCAGAAGAAAAGCUUUGACUAUUAAAUGUUUUAGGAAAAAUAAAGGAAAAUCGAUUUUAACAAAAGGAAUUUGCGAAUGUACAAUUACAAAUAAACAGUGGUACUCUAUGGUAUGUGCAUUUAGAAGUAACUACUAAAAAGCUGUAUUGGAUUAUUAAUUUACAGGUAACAAUUAUUGACUGAAAAAUACAUUUUCCUUUUCUUUUAAUUUUUGUAAUUAAAUGUGUUACUCAUAAACACAGGUUCAUUCUUUCCCUAAAA